AUGCAACAAGCUGUUCUCAUCUCUUCCCUUUGCUUAAUUUUAGUCGCUUUUUCCAGAGUUCUUGGAGAAACCCAAAAAGCCUGCAAACAACUUCACUGUGGGGAUCAUGGCCCUGCUAUCCAUUUCCCUUUCAGGCUCAAAGACAGACACCCAGAUCAUUGUGGAUAUCCUGGGUUUGUUGUAUCUUGCAAUGAAAGACAUGAGACUGUUCUUGAGCUGCCAAUUCCAGUCAAAUUCUCUGUGAAUACUAUAGAUUAUAAGAAUCAGGAAAUCUAUUUAUAUUACCCAGAUAAUUGCCAACUGGCAAAGCUUUUAGAAACCCAGAACAUGUCAUUCUUUCCCUUUUACGUAAUUGACCAAGGGAACUUUAUGCUAUUCGAUUGUUCUUCAGGGCUUGAGGAAUCUGGAGAGGUUGCUGUCCCCUGUCUUAGUAGCCCCGGCCACCAUAUUUAUGCAGUGUAUUCUUCUGAUUACGUUGAAGGCCUACAAUAUUGUACCAAGACGUCUGAUGUUUUAUCAGUCCCAUAUAAAUUUCGUUGGUCUGAACCAAAUUGUACAGAAUGUGAAGCUAAAGGAAAGAAGUGUAGAUUGAAGAGUAAUGGCACCAAAAACGAAAUCGAAUGUGUACAUGAAGCAAAUAUGAGUAAGUGGGGUGCAGCAAGGAAAUUAGUGGUUACAGGUGCAUCCCUGGGUUCAUUUGUUCUCAUGCUACUGGUCAUUGCAGCCUAUCAUGUCUAUAGCUAUGACAGAAAUGAAAAAGAGAAUCGAUUGAAAAUUGAAAGAUUUCUAGAGGACUACAAAGCUCUCAAGCCAAGCAGAUAUUCUUAUGCAGACAUUAAGAGGAUUACAGAUCAAUUCAAGGACAAGUUAGGGGAAGGAGCCUAUGGAUCUGUUUAUAAAGGAAAGCUUUCUUCUGAAUUAUUUGUUGCAGUGAAAGUCCUCAACAGUUCUACGGGAGAUGGGGAAGACUUCAUAAAUGAAGUGGGAACAAUGGGUCAUAUCCACCAUGUUAACGUGGUUCGCAUGGUUGGCUUCUGUGCUGAUGGAUUUAGACGCGCUCUUGUCUAUGAGUUCUUACCUAACGGUUCACUACAAGAUUUCAUUUCAUCAGCCAACAAUAAUAACAGUUUCCUUGGUUGGGAUAAGUUGCAAGAUAUCGCUCUAGGCGUAGCCCAAGGAAUUGAAUAUCUUCACCAAGGAUGUGAUCAACGGAUCCUCCAUUUUGAUAUCAAACCACAAAACGUUUUGCUAGACUACAACUUCACUGCAAAACUUUCAGAUUUUGGUUUGGCCAAGUUAUGUUCCAAGGAUCAAAGCCUAGUGUCAAUGACUACAGCUAGGGGAACCAUGGGCUACAUUGCACCUGAAGUGUUCUCCAGGAACUUCGGAAAGGUGUCCUACAAGUCAGAUGUCUAUAGUUUUGGAAUGCUAUUGCUUGAGAUGAUACGAGGUAAAAAGCAUAUUGGUGCAACCCCGGAGAACACUAACGAAGCUUACUACCCAGAGGCGGUCUAUAAUCUUCUCGAAGAAGCAGAAGACCCAAGAGUCCAUAUUGGAGAAGAAGGAGAUGGUAAAAUUCCAACGAAACUUGCCAUUGUAGGGUUGUGGUGCAUCCAAUGGAACCCAGUGGAUCGUCCUUCCAUGAAAACGGUGGUUGAAAUGUUGGAAGGAGGAGAAAACUUAACCAAGCCGCCAAAUCCUUUUGCUUCCACAGGUUCUACAAGAAUAUUUGCAACUGGGCCAUCAAGAAAUUUAAAUCUAGAGUUAGAAACAAUUGUUGAGUUAGAGUAA